UUAUCGAAAUUCUAAAAUGACUGAUGUUCAACUGGAGUAAUGAAUGAGUAUGUUUUCGAACGCACAUCUCUGAAGUCACGGACGGAGUGCGGGCGGGAUUGUUUGUUGUUUUGUUGCGCAAAAAAUUGCGUAUUGUUUACUUUUAUCGCGAGUUACGAUGCUACUGUUGCGUUAGAUUAACGUGCACACUUAACUUGUCCCAUAUACUGCGACCUGACUACCAUGUCGACCCGAGCCCAUGUAAAAUCUAAGAUUAAAGUUUGUAAACCUGUCUUCCACCUUCAAGACAAGAAGGCAGAUGAUGGGGUCCUGACCAAUGGGAUGAUCAAGUCUGCGAAGAGGACCGGGCAGCUCAGCCUUUGCAACAGAGGUCUUGGAACAGUGCCAGAACAGGUCUGGAAAAUCGAUGAGUUGGUCCUUGAAGAGCAGAAAAAUGUGGACUUUGCGAAGAUGGGUUCAGACAACUGGUGGACAUCGGAGCCCCUAAAAAGCCUCGAUCUAUCAUCCAAUGUCAUAAAAGAAAUACCAUCCACUAUCAAACUGCUACAGGAACUGGUUACGCUCAAGCUUCACGACAAUGCCUUAACAAAAUUGCCUCCCGAAAUUGGUGAAAUAAAGAACCUGUCCAACCUAACUUUGUAUCGCAACAAGCUGACCGCCCUGCCGAGGGAGUUCUACAAACUGGUCGAGUUGCGAUAUUUGAGCCUCUCUCACAACCAGAUCAACAAGAUUGAACCUGACUUUGGAGAUUUGGUCAUGUUGAAAUCUUUGGAUCUAUCUGACAAUCAGAUCUCGGUUCUGCCGCCAGGUAUGGGGUAUCUGGUACGGUUGGAGACACUAAAUCUUUCACACAACCAGCUCACUGAAUUACCUCCAGACAUUGUCAAUCUUAGAGACUUGAAGAAGCUGAAUAUAAGCCACAACAAGUUGAAGUUUCUGCCCGCGAUGGGUGAACUAAGGAAGAUGGAGACACUAGAAGCUAAUCACAACGAGAUCGAGAGUAUGCCAGACUUCUACGGAUGCUCCGCGCUGCAGGAGUUGUACAUCGCUAACAACCAUAUUAAAGAACUCUCGGAAGAGUUUUGCGAUCAAAUGCAACACCUGAGCGUGUUGGUGGUGCGUGACAACGAAAUAGAAGUUCUGCCUGAGAAUAUCGCACUGCUCAAGGCUUUGAAACGCCUGGACCUCACCAAUAAUAACCUUAACAAGUUACCAAGAAACCUGGGCCUGCUGACGCAGCUGCAGAGCAUCAACAUGGAGGGCAACAAACUGGCGUUCAUGCGGCAGGACGUAAUUCGCGGCGGCACCGACCGCAUGAUGAAGUUCCUCCGAGACAGGAUCUCCGAUGAGAUCGUCAGCGAUACGCGGUAUACCAAGGACGACUGGCCUGACAAGUACACACUAAAGAAGAGCCAAGCGCUUAUUUUGAUUGGCAAGGAUCUGACCGCUAUACCAGACCACGUGUUCGCGGCCGCCGCCGACGCAGAGGUGCAUAUCGUGGAUGUAUCCAGGAAUAAACUGCCGGCUUUGCCUAUGGGCGUACUAAAUGUAAAGGAGACACUAUCGCAGCUGAUCUUAGCAUCGAACAACAUAUCGGCAAUGCCCCCUGAAAUCAGCCAGUGCUCCAACAUACAGUUCCUGGACCUGAGCAAGAACUGCCUCGCAGACCUGCCUCUAGACGUCGCGGACAUGAAGAACUUGAGGGAACUUGUCAUUUCCAAUAAUAGGUUUUCAAAGAUCCCGCGCUGUAUAUACGCCCUGGAAAACCUGGAAAUCCUCCUGGCAGCUGAGAACCAGAUUGAGGAGAUCAACGUGUCGUCAGAUGCACUGGCUCGGCUUAAGAAACUGGCUGUGCUGGAUCUGAGGAACAACAGCAUACUCACAGUGCCGCCUGAGCUCGGCAACUUUACGCAUUUGAGAUCUCUAGAACUGAUGGGAAACUGUUUCCGUCAACCUCGCCACGCCAUCUUGGAGAAAGGCACUCCUUCCAUCCUGUCAUACCUUAGAGAUCGCAUACCCAACUAGGUAUACUAAUCACUAUCACAUCAUUAUACCAGCCAUAUCAAAUAUUCAGGAUUGAUCAAAAAUCAAAAUUUUGAUAGAUUUUUGUAUCAUUCAUUAAUUCAGUUUUGUUCAUGAGUGUUUGCCAGUGAAACUGUUGUUUAGAUCUUUUCACGCGACAUCCAAACAUUAUAUUAAAAUUAAUCAAUAUUAAUACAACAUAGAAUUACACGUAUAUCCCCGAACUGGUAGGCAGAUGUGUAUUGUAUAAAUACAUCCACACCUCGCCGGUUAUAAACCAAUAUUAAGUAUUAUAAUAAUUGUUACUGAACUGGAACCUUUAACAAAACAGUCUAUUGCCGAGAGAUAGAAUGAGAGAGAGUUUUAAAUGGCGAUGUUAGAAAUGGGGCAAAAUCUAAAUAUGCAUUUUUUCUACGUGCGUUUGUGAGUAUGAAUGACCAGUUACAAUUUACAAUAAGUUUUGUGGAACAUAGCGCAGUGAUAUUAAAACUGUACUAACCCACUAAUUGAGAUCUGUCUUGUGUCUCACAAAGGUGAAUAUGUUUUAAAUGUCGUAACAAAUUACUUUCGUAAUAUUGCAAUAAAGAUAAAAAUGCUUGGGCUUUGCGCGAAACCUAUUUGCAAUAAUAAAUCUUAGCAAAAUUAAUUCAAUGAAGUCAGCUAGUAGAUUAAUCUGCGUUUCAAAUCUUCGCAAAAAUUGCUCUUUUAGUCAAAUAACAUCGUAUAGAUUUAUAGCGUUAUUAUAAUCUUAUAAAAUCAAAGUUUCUCUUUUGAUCUUUCGUAAGAAAACUGCAUUCGCGUUUUUAUUAUUAAAAGAUUUGAGUGCGUUUGACCACGAGCUUGGUCUUAAGCAGCGAUGUGGUCUAAGGUGGAGCACGCAAACUCUAAUAGUGCCUAUUCACUCUUGCUUUGAAAAUCGCCUUUGUGAAAUGCAAACAUUACAUAGAAUCCUAUAUACUUUGCGGAAUAUUUUGCGGAAUGUGAUAGAUAGCGGUAAAGAAUAAGAAUAAACAAUUAUUCUGUGUUUCUAGUCACAGUUACACGUUUUUGUGAUACUAAAUAUUGAUGUUAGAAACACAUUGCAAAUUGAAUCACCAUUAGAUUUAAAGGAAAAAGGUUUGUAUAAGGGUGUUUUCAAACCUAUCGACAGGGGCUGACCAAAGUUAGUCAGAAACUAUUUUGUUACAAUGGUAUGAGGACGUUAGUAAUGCCUUGGAUUUAUAACAGAUAUUGUCAGGAAGAAAAUUCUUGUUAGCACUAAGGCUACCUAUCGUGUCCUACCCAAAAAAUACUUAAGUACGGUAUCAUCGCUACUUUAGUAGCAUUGACGUUUCAGAAUGGCUUCAGCCAAGGUUGUUUGUCGAUAAGUUUAACACACCCUAAUAUUUAUGAUUGGCGAGUUAACUUUCUUUGGCCGCUAUGAAAUCUUUCUAAGUCAGGAAUGUUUAUUAGUCUUAAGAAGUCAUACGUACGAUGCCAUAGACACAGCUUUUGUAAACCAAAUAUUUUGUUUGUAUGUACCUGAAUUGCCACCUAUACAACAUUUUAUUGUUUGUUAUAUUUAUUUUUUAAAGAUGGACAUUUUGUGUAUUAAAUACUUUGAGGUAUGAUGUAUUAUUUAUGAAUGUAUUUACUCACUUCAUCUUUUAAGGGACUGUUCAUUCUAAAGCCGUCAGGUUUUUAAAGCGUAUGGACACUAAAACCGUUGCGAAGCCGCCAACCGUGGCUUUGGUGGCCUAUAUUGAGUCCAUCUUUAUUCGCUUGUUAUUUAUUUUGAAAUAGUUAUUCGUUAUAUUCUUGUUAUAUUGCAUGUUUUUGUUAAGUCAUGUACUCUACGCUAAAUUUAUAAGUUUAUGUAGGUUGUGAAAGGCUUAAGAUGACGUACUAUCGAGAAGCAAAUGCCAAAUAUUGCAGAUUUAGGGCUAAAGCACACGACGAAUACAUACCUACACACUAUAAAAUAAGGCUAUGGUGCCGUUUCUGCCAGACGUCAACUUAUUUUUUUUUUGACAGUUGUUUAACUAGCUCUGUCUGAUUUUUUCUUGCAUUUGCCUUUAGGGAAGAUAGCGUUAUUUUUGGAACUGUCAAAUUAAGGUUGAGGUGAAAUUUGUCUGCCAUAAUCGGUACUAUUGUGUAAGUAGAAUCACUUUUGUCAUAAUAACAUUGACUGUGUAAUGACGACAGUUGUAGAACAGUGUAAUUAUUAACUCUGAAGUAAGCCUGCUACAUUGUAGUACAACUUUUAAAUUUAUUAUUUAUUUAUUUACAAAGGUACAUACACCAUUAUAGUGUAACCUAAUGUGAAAACGAAUAUAUAAAAAAAACAGAAUAACAUCAGUUUGAAACACUGUAAGAAAAUACCAUGCAUGAAAAUACGAAGCAUGCAUUGAAGCAAAUGUGUGUUUUGCUAUUUAUUUAUUUUUGUUAUAUAUGUUUAACAUUAAUCGCCCUGAUCCCUGAAUAGUGUACUGUAUAGUUUAGUGUAAUUAGAUAGUGUCUAAUUACACAAAAAAUACACUAACAAAAUUCUCAGUCGUGUUCUUUACCCCUUACUAUAUAAGUAUCUCAGAUGCUAUUUUUUGAUGCAGUAUUGAUUAUUUAUAUAGUGUGUUCAUUGUGUUUUAGAAUAGUCGAAACGUUUGUGUAAACUUGAAACAUUUGCCGUGUGUUAUAUAGUGUGAACAUAAUAUAUGCCGGAGCACGUCAUAGCUAUUGUAUACCUUAAAAUCAAUAUUUUAUUUAUUACAAAGAAGCCAGCAGACAUAUUUAUUGACAAGUGACCUUAAAUGAAUUCCUGUGUAAUUGAGGCUUGAUGAAAAAAAAAGCAAUGCAUUGAUUAAAAUUACAAGAAAAAACAAUUUGUAACUACUACGUUUUGUGUAUCCGAUGGUGUCAAAGUAGAAUGGUAAAAGGCAUGUUUAUGUGAAGCUUAAAAUUAGGUACGUGUUACUAAUUGGUGUUGGUUACUUUAGUACAUAUAGAAAAGUAUUUAAGGUCUAAAUUUAAAUUUACCGAUACAGUUUUAAGCCUCUCGUAAAUAUGGUACGUAAAAUCAACUAAUGCACAGUAGGUACAGUAAAUAUAAAAAUAUUAUGAUGGAUAAAAUUGAUAGGAAAGUUGCACAAUCAAUGUGAACGUGUGAUCUUUAGCACAAAGUGAUAACAAAUUGUACGUGUAUGAAUUGUUAAUAAAUACUGCUUGAAAAAUAUA